CUUCUCGGACAUGAGUAAAUGACGUCAGCCCGGGUCGCCGAGCAGUGAAACAAACAUGGCGACAGAAUGGAGCGGGCAGCAGGGCUACACUCUCACUGUCAUCAUAUUCCUGUGGAGCGCGGUCGGCGGCCGCACGGAGACGACGGCGGCGGCGGUGGCGGCGGCGGCGGCGGCGGCGGCGUCCGGGGGCGGCGGGGGCGGCAGCCAGGUGCUCGGCAUGCGGCUGGAGAGGAGCGACAAGCCGUCCGGCACCAAUGACGAUGGUGUCAUCCAGGUGACUGAGGAGAGCUCCGUGCAGCUCCGGUUUUACGGGGUGCAGCUCCACUCGGGCGCCUGGACGCAAAUCCGCUUCACGGAGCUGUCGGACGGCGGCGAAGGCGGCGAGGAGGAGGAAGAGGACGCGGUGGCGGCGGCGGCGGCGGCGAGGGGGAGCGGCAGCGGCACGAUGGAGCCGCCGGAUAGGACUUGUGUUGAUUUCACGAAGGACAUCAGCGUCGGGACCUUCAUGAACGUCACAAGUCGAGGCACGUCGGGGCUACUUACGGUUCACGUUAAGCCGCUCCGCAAGAGCGAGCCGAUGAAGGAGUACGCCCUGUGCACGCGGAGCGCGGACGGGAGCAGGUGGGUGCUGCUGGGGGACAGUGAUGGCAGGCUGCUGGUGCUGGAGGAGAAGAAGUCCCUGCUGCCCAUCUGGCUCCAGGCCAUCCUCAUCGCCUGCCUGCUCGUGCUCUCCGGCAUGUUCAGCGGGUUGAACCUCGGGCUGAUGGCGCUGGACCCCAUGGAGCUGCGCAUCGUGCAGAGCUGCGGCACCGAGAAGGAGAAGAAGUACGCCCGAAAGAUCGAACCCAUCCGCAGCAAAGGGAACUAUCUCCUCUGUUCUCUGCUGCUGGGCAACGUCCUGGUGAACACCACGCUCACCAUUCUGCUCGACGACCUCACCGGGUCCGGUUUGGGGGCCGUGGUGGCUUCCACCGUGGGGAUUGUGAUUUUCGGGGAGAUUGUCCCCCAGGCGCUGUGCUCCCGCCACGGACUCGCCGUGGGAGCCGACACCAUCCUGGUGACGAAGUUCUUCAUGUUCCUCACGUUCCCGGUGUCCUUCCCCGUCAGCAAGCUGCUGGACUUCAUGCUGGGCGAGGAGAUCGGGAUCGUGUACAACCGGGAGAAGCUGGUGGGGAUGCUGAAGGUGACGGAGCCCUACAACGACCUGGUGAAGGAGGAGCUGAACAUGAUCCAGGGCGCCCUGGAGCUGCGGAACAAGACGGUGGAGGACGUGAUGACCCCCACGGACCACUGCUUCAUGAUCCAGGCCGACGCGGUCCUGGACUUCAACACCAUGUCUGAGAUCAUGGAGAGCGGCUACACGCGCAUCCCCGUGUACGACGACGAGCGGUCCAACAUCGUGGACAUCCUGUACGUGAAGGACCUGGCCUUCGUGGACCCGGACGACUGCACCACCCUGAAGACCAUCACCAAGUUCUACAACCACCCGGUGCACUUUGUGUUCCACGACACCAAACUGGACGCCAUGCUGGAGGAGUUCAAGAAAGGUAAAUCCCACCUGGCCAUCGUCCAGAAGGUGAACAACGAGGGGGAGGGCGACCCUUUCUACGAGGUGCUGGGAUUGGUCACGCUGGAGGACGUGAACCUGUUCAGCCCGUUCCAGGUCACGGAGAAGGUCCUGCUGAGGAUCCUGCGACACCCCGACGUCAUCCAGGAGCUCAAGUUCAACGAGAACGACAAGCGCUCGCCGCUGCACUUCAUCUACCAGAGAGGCAAGCCUGUGGACUACUUCGUCCUCAUUCUGCAGGGACGAGUGGAAGUGGAAGCUGGAAAUGAAAACAUGAAGUUUGAAACCGGCCCGUUCUCUUACUAUGGAGUCAUGGCUCUGAGCUCACCAACACUGGCCGUCACCCCCCCUCUCUCCCCAACGGUGGCGUCCCCCCCUCCACGACGUCUUUCUCUUAAGAGGUUUUCUCUGUUCUCUCGUUUCCCAGAGUUUCGAUCUCCGUCACACGGGGCCAACCUCAACCGCUCGGCGUCUCUGAGCUGCGCCGAGCGCCCCCCGGAGAGCGGCUCCGUCGGCGGCAGCGUCACCCAGAUGCCCGGCACCCCCUUCCAGUACAUACCGGACUUCUGCGUGCGAGCCCUCACAGAUCUGCAGUUCGUCAAGAUCACUCGUGCUCAGUACCAGAACGGUCUCCUGGCGUCCAGGCUGGACAGCACGCCGCAGUCUCCAGACGGCAGUCACCCUCGCCUGGACACGUCCGUGUCUCUGCCCCCCGUGACGCCGCCGGGGACCCGGGGCGUCCCACUGCCGCUGGCCACGCCUCCUGCACGGCGCCCGCCGUCCACCACUCAGCCUCCGCCGAGCAGCCGCGCCGCUCUGCCCCAAGCCGCGCCGCCUCCGUGCAACCACACCGCCGUCUCCCAAGCGUCUCCGUCCGCCGUGAGCGCAGUCACGUGCACUUUUAACCCCCACCCAACUUUGACCUCCACCCUGUCCUCCAAGGCCCAGCAGCAGCCGCCGUCUCCCGGCCCGGAGAACGGGCCGGGAGAGACCACCACGCUGCUCAGUGAGCAGCAGAACUAUCUGGGCCACCGCAGGCCCAGCUACAGCCUGGCACACCCACACGUGCACACCAUCAGUCACGGGCACACCGAAAGCACCAUCUAACUGACGUCUCUGCGGGGGAACUACCUGGGCACUCUCUCACUCGCUGGCACUACUUUGUGUUUGCUCGUUGAACCUUUACGUAGGGGACGCUGACGAUCAGCACCCGAUGUGUGUGUUUGUCAACAGAGAUCCUCCUUUAUCCCGUCCUGCAUGUUCCCUCCAAACA